UUUCUAUACCUAUAAUACGUAUCGUCAACAAAAAGUCCAUACAAUGGCCCGCAGACUUACACAUUUAAAUCCCAAAAGGACAUUAUUUUUAUUAUGUGAUAUUCAAGAGAAAUUUCGUCCUGCUAUGUUACUAUUCGAUAAUUUAAUUCAAAAUGCCAAACGUUUGACAGAAGCUGGAAAAAUUUUAAAUAUUCCCUUAGUGGUGUCAGAACAAAAUCCCGAAAAAUUGGGUAAAACCGUAGAGGAUUUAGAUAUUUGUCAUGCCAAAUCGCUGAUAACCAAAACUCGUUUCAGCAUGAUUGUUCCCGAAAUUGAAUGCGAUAUGAAAAACCUAUUUGAGGGAGGCAAACCAAGUGAUGUGAUUUUAUAUGGGAUGGAGUCCCACGUCUGCAUUGAACAAACUGCCAUCGAUUUAUUAGCCCAAAAUAUAAAUGUAUUUGUGGUGGCCGAUUGUGUGACCUCCCGACUUCAUCAGGAUCGUGAUAUGGCCUUAGAGCGAUUACGUUCAGCCGGUUGUUUUAUAACUACCACUGAAUCUGUUAUAUAUGAUCUAUUGCGCGAUAAAAAUCACCGAAAAUUCAAUGAUUUAAAGAAAAUAUUAGUGGCCAAAUCUUUGGAUAUGGAAAUCAAUCAAUCGUCUAUAAAAACAAAAACAAACAAAUCUUGAGCCUGUUAUUUGUUUAAAUGUAU